AUGGUUACCCGCAGCAGGUUGCCAAGCGAGGAAGGCUCGGUCACGAGCAGCGAGUCCGGGAAGCUGAACACGGGGAAGAGCUCGUCCGCACGGCGAUCUGCAGCACAUAAGAACGGCAAGGAGGAGCUACACAAGAGGAGCGACCCGUACGAGGAGCACACAGGCUCCCUGCGCCUCAUCACCAUAAAGCCCAUGGCCAGCCAGCCCACCUUCUCCUACCCCUCCUCCUCCAGCCACAGCCAGGACUCGGUGGUGCUCAACGGAGAGGUGAACCUGGGCUUGAAGCAGAAGUCAGACAUCGAGCACUACAGGAACAAGCUGAGGCAGAAGGCCAAGAGGAAGGGCUUCUCCCUCUCCGACAACGGUAGCCACGGUUACGGGCACAGGGACAGGCACAGCCGUCAUGACAACAGCAAGGAGCCAAUGACAGCGGAGGAGAAGAGGGCCUCGUUCGCGGGCUGUCAUCAGAGACACCCCCACACCACGACCAGGGAACCAACAUACUGGAGCCGCCAGUCCCUGUCCAGCCCCAGCCCCGUCGAGGCCGAGAUGGACCUGCUUGUGCUCCAGGAGAGGUCCAGGAGGGGCAUACGCAACAGCGGCUACGACGGGGAGCCCGAGCCCUUCGAGGAGACCAACGUGGACCGCCUGAUGAGCUCGCUGGGCUACGGAGGCAGCCACAGGGUCAAGGGUCACUCGGACUCGUCCACGCUGAGCUCCCAGCCGUCCAUCGACGAGGUCCGCCAGCAGAUGCACAUGCUCCUGGGGAACGCCUUCGGCCUGGCCCCGGACGAGCCCCCACCUCCCGCCGCCGCCGCCGCUUCCAGCCACCACCGUCACCCCCACCACCACGGCCACCCGCACAGCUCCUACAACCCCAGCCACACCAGCCCCUACUCGGAGGGGGUGACCAGCGCCCCGGGCACCAUGAACCACCCCUGUGGGGGGCGCCAGAGGCCAGGCUACGGGGAGAUGCACCAGUGUAGCUUACCCAAGCCUGGUUUUAGGUUCACACAGCUUCCUGACAUGGGUCUGGGGUCUCCGCCCCCUCUCAUCCCCUCCUGCCCCGGACCCCCCCUGGGGAGCGCGCUCAGACGCUCCACUCCUGACGUCAGUCUGAAGCCGCGUCUGUCGGAGGUCUCGGAGCUCCACACCGCCCCCUAUCUGCCGCUCUCCCGAGCUCCCUUCCCUGCUGUCACUGUAGACCAGACCAUGACCAGCUACUCAGGAAACCCAAUGACAGCAGUCUACGCCAUAUCUGCCAAUCGCCCUGGCUACUCGGACUACUUUGUCAUGUCGCCCCCCUCCUCCUACAGGAGCCCCUCCUGGAUGUCGUACCCCCCCGAGCCUGAGGACCUGCCUCACCAGUGGAACGACACGAACCCUCGUCAUUUAGAAACGAUAUGCUGAAGAGACAAGAUGGCCGACACUGAGAUCAUCCAGCAAACAGUGUCACCUUGGAGGGCUCACCUCCGACUGAGAACCCCCGGACUCCCCUCAAACCCCCUCCUCGACUCCCCCUCUACCCUGUC